UAUACACCCCUCCAACAGCAGGGGUGAAGGAAUGGUUACUCUGUAUCCGGAGGCAAGCCGGAUACUGUUUUCCAAACAGGAAAAACCACAGGGGAACUGAUCCCCAGCACCCUCCGGAACCGAACUGCACAUUUUUCACACAAACAACUGGGACAGGACAAAAAAAGGGCAUUUAAAAUUAAGGCAGCAAACUUACUACUGCCGACAGAAUCUGCUAACGGUUAAUUACAGGAAAUGUGAGGUGGGCUUUUUUUAGUUUGGGGAGAAGGAAGAAAGUAUCUGUAUACUUUACAAAAUAUGUCAAAAAUAGUAUGAGAACAGUAAGUUUGAACUUUAGCUUACCCCACUUGUUGGUAGAAAAAAAAACAUGUUAUAAAAAGAAGUUGCUAUGUUUUGGUCAUUUUAUAAAGCACUGUAGUGUUCAAAUUGUGUGUGGGGGGGGGUGCGGGGGGACGAUCAAAAUUGAAUUGGUCUAACACAGGAACCAGAGACGUGGAUCAGAGAUGGAGCACUUCCCUAGCAUGAACAAGGCCCAGGAUUUGAUCCCCAGCAUCGCAAAAUCAAGAGCUAGAAAAAUUGGUUCAACUUCGGCCAGGCAUGGUAGCAUAAGCCUUUAAUACCCCAAUUCUGGAGGCAGAGGCAGGUGGAUCUCUGCAUUCUAGGCCAAGCUGGUUACACAGCAAGUUUUAGAGUCAAGCUAACCAAGAGAAACCACAGCAUCGGGCCUGUAAAAAACAGGAAGGUAAAGGACUCAGGAGCCAUCACCAGAGCAGAUUCACGGGCCGUGUUGUUGGAAUAUCCGCAAAUCACAUUUUUUUUUAAAUUGUAAUCAGCAUCUCAGGUCUGCUCCAAUGCCAAUGAUAAAGUUGUCAGCCUUCCCAGCCUGUGUGUGUUUUGAUAUAAUAAAGUCACACGCAGAAACCCACAGAAAGUUCUCACUCUAUGGAGAAGCCUGCUACUGCUAGCGCACUACAGUGACAAAACAAAAACAAACAACAACAAACGUUCGGGACAGCUACGCUCUGUUGCCCCAGGCCUCCAUCCGCCACCCUCUUCCAGCUGUCUGGUAAGACGGCCCCGCCCCUAACGUAGGAGCAGCUGAUUGGAGAAUGCGGAGAGGGGCACGCGGCUUAGCCAAUCCGGAGAGCACAACUUGCCCUACUCCGCCCCCGACCUUCGAGCCAUGCUGCCGGCGACCGGCUCCGGCGUCGGCGCCUUUGCUGCUGAGCCGGACGCCGACACCUAGAGCAUGUCCUCUCCCGGGGAUCCGCAUCCCGCGGCUGGGGAGCAGCCGGGAGCUGGGCUGCACUGGCGGGCGGCGGGCGGCGCGCUGCUGCUUUGCGGGCUGGCGGUCCUGCUGGGCUGGGUCUGGCUGCGGUGGCAGCGCGCCUGCGGCAUCCCUCCGGGGCCCGCACCCCGGCCGCUCGUGGGUAACGUGGGACACUUGCUGGUGCCGCGCUUCCUGCGGCGGCAGUUCUGGCUGGGCCCGGGCGGCCAGACAGACACCGUGGCCUUCCACUUGCGCCUGGCCAAGCUGGCCAGUGUCUACGGCAACGUCUUCAGUUUAUUCAUCGGCCACAGUCUGUUGGUGGUCCUCAGCGACUUCCGCAGCGUGCGCGAGGCGCUGGUGCAGCAGGCUGAAGUGUUCAGUGACCGCCCGCGGUUGCCACUCAUCUCCAUCAUGACCAAGGAGAAGGGAAUUGUGUUUGCACACUAUGGUCCAGUCUGGAAACAGCAGAGGAAAUUCUCCCAUUCGACCCUUCGUCAUUUUGGUUUGGGAAAGCUUAGCCUGGAGCCCAAGAUUAUUGAGGAGUUCCAGUACGUAAAAGAAGAAAUGGAAAAACACGGAGACGCCCCCUUCAAUCCCUUCCCGGUCAUCAGCAAUGCCGUCUCUAACAUCAUCUGUUCCCUGUGCUUCGGCCAACGCUUCGAUUACACAAACAAGGAGUUCAAGAAGGUGCUGGAUUUCAUGUCCCGAGGCUUAGAAAUCUGCUUGCACAGCCAGCUCUUCCUGAUCAACAUAUGCCCCUGGUUUUACUACCUCCCCUUUGGACCAUGUAAGGAACUAAGGCAGAUUGAGAGGGACAUAACCUGCUUCCUGAAAAACAUCAUCAAAGCGCAUCAGGAGUCCCUGGAUGCCGGCAACCCUCAGGACUUCAUCGACAUGUACCUGCUGCACGUGGAGGAGGAGAGGAGGAACGGCAGCAGCACCAGCUUCGAUGAGGACUACCUCUUCUACAUCAUCGGGGACCUCUUCAUUGCCGGCACCGACACCACGACCAACUCUUUGCUCUGGUGCCUGCUGUAUAUGGCACUGAACCCUGACGUGCAGGAAAAGGUUCAUGAAGAAAUUGAGAGGGUCAUUGGUUGUGACCGAGUUCCUUCCCUCACGGACAAGGCCCAGAUGCCGUACACAGAAGCCACCAUCAUGGAGGUGCAGAGGCUUUCCAUGGCGGUGCCACUGGCCAUCCCUCAUAUGACUUCAGAGAAAACAGUCCUCCAAGGCUACACUAUUCCCAAAGGCACGGUGGUCAUCCCCAACUUGUGGUCACUACACAGAGACCCAGCCGUUUGGGAGAAACCAGAUGACUUCUGUCCUGAUCGAUUUCUGGAUGACCAGGGACAACUUUUGAAAAGAGAAACUUUUAUUCCUUUUGGGAUAGGAAAGCGGGUGUGUAUGGGAGAGCAGCUGGCGAAGAUGGAAUUGUUCCUGAUGUUUGUGAGCCUGAUGCAGACUUUCACCUUUGCCUUACCCGAGGGUUCUGAGAAGCCCAUCAUGACUGGGAGAUUUGGUCUAACCUUAGCCCCACAUCCAUUUAACGUCACCGUCUCAAAGAGAUGAAGAUGUCCCCGAGAGGAGAGGAGUGACCGCAGGCAAGCAUGUGUCCUAGACACUCUCCAUGCUGUCGAGCACGGGCCCAGCAACCCAGCGCAGCCAAGAGAGGCUCCAGACGAGAGACUGGAGGGAAAGGAUCCCACUCCAUGGACGCCUCCUGCCCGCUGGGAAGCAUGGAUGCGGGAUUGAGUUGUGUGGAUUCCACCGGGAGCAGACCGCAUCUCUCAGCCUCCAUCAUCCCGUGGUAAAAUGAGGGUAGUGAAAUUUCUCAUGGCCUCUCUGCUGUUAGCGAAUGUUGGGCAAUUCAGUAGUAGAUAUCCGCCUUCAGACCUUUCAGGGCCCCUGAGAGCAUGGAAGUGCGUUCAGCACGGACCCUUGGUCGGAAAGGGAUGCAGGUCCAGGUUAUAUUGAGGAAGACAUUUUUUCUCGUUAAUUUUUUUUUUUAAGCAUAGGUUCUAUAUCAGUUUCUUUGAGCUUGUCUUAUGAGUAUCUUUUGUGUUUAGGACUGGGUUCUCAACUUUCUAUAAAGCUAGAGUGAAAUUUCCCCUUGCCCCGGACACUGAGGAAAAAGAAAAGCAUUCUCUUGAGGUCAUUGUCUACCUGUGUGGCUACUGUCUGUAACCACGUGAGAAGUGGGUCUGGUGCCCAGCCCAGGUCCGUCCGCUCUGCUCGGCUGUGUGCAGAAGUCAGCUCUGCCUUGACUUGGGCCCCAGAUGCUGGGCUGGGCAACUUAAUAAUGGAAUUAUGGAACUGGUCAAUCAUUCAAAUGAUUUUGAACUUCCUCUCCUGUGUGUCACCAGCCAUAGUGUGACUGACUUGAACAGUCUCCAAGACAAAGAGCCAUUUCUUGAUAAGUGGGCCUCUAGUGGCCUUUCCAGGGGCCGCAUGGAAAUGUGGGAAAGGAUUUAUCAUAAUGGUGGAUUACUGUGGGCCUUCUGCUGCUGGGAUCCUUGACAGUCAAGUGUCAGCUUAGUGUGCCCAAGUCUGGCCCUUCCCUUGGUUCUCCCACAGUACUGUGGAAGGAACCAUGGUUAUACUGAGCCUUUCUUCGGGAGGCACUGUACAGGUGUUUUAUUGUGUGUGUAUGCAACCCUCACACUGAGGGAGCUUUGCAAUGCUAAGGCCCAUAAUUAAAAGAUACCAUCACUGGGUCUCUAAGAUGCUUGGCCUUGUGACUGGAAAGCGCUUUCUGAGCCCCUUCUCAGUGUUGACCCCACAUGGUCCUGAAGCUGUGUCCUCCGUUACCUGUGUCCCUCUCUAUCCCAGUGGACCCUUUGGGGCCUGGCUCCAUACUGCUGCCUCCUCCUCACUAUGCCUUAUUCUUAGUAGGUGCCCAGGCAACUUGGGAGUGAGUUAGGGAAGGUGCCUAAGAGGAAAGUCCGUCUAUGUGUUUAUUGCUGUCACUUUAGGAUAAUUUUAAAACACAGUAUAAUUUGCCCUACCUGUUUAAGCCAGUGUUUAACAACACACUAAACUCUUUUCUUAGCAUUUAAAGAACCAUUUUAGGCAAAUAUAGAAUGAUGCCUUGUGGGAGCCCGUUCUCGGGUUCCUCGUGGCUUUACCCAGCAGGUCCGCAUAGAGGAUGAUUAGGACCACGGGCCUGAGUGCAGGUGUCUGAGAUGGUCUGCACUUGGCUGUGCUGGGGGAGGAGGUCUUUUGCUCCACCCCUUGGUGUCUCUAUAAAUACCCUGGGGCAGAGACAAUCGGGGCCCGUUGGAAUAGGUUCCAGGCCCUCUCGAGGCUAUCCUUUAUUUUCUAUCUGUUUAUCUCCGCGAUAUUCUCCACAAUAAAUCCUUCUAUCUAAUAUUUCCUGCUGCUCGCACUCAAGAAAACUCUGGGGAACUGUGGGGGUGGUUGGGUAAACGCCCCACAAUGCCUUAGCUGCUAAAACAUGAUACAGAGUGAAAGCUUCCAGCAUCUUCCCACAGACUUCUUGCCCAGGUACCCAGGCUGACUUCCAAAUGCUUACUAAGGGGGAAAUAACAGCUGCUGAAUAGAAAUCUAAUAUGACUAAAAAGGAAAAUGUGGAAUAGUUUAUAACCAAGUGUUGAUUACGUUUUGAUUUUACAACCUUUAUAUCACCCACCAUAAUGUUUUCAUAAGUUACAAGCACUUUCAAAAUAGAUGCACGAAAUACAGGCUCAUCUCUAGGUACCCUGAAGAUUGUUUUAGACCAGCACACUGAAUGUAGAGGGACUGAGUGAGGCUGUACACGUUGUGGAUAAGAUGGCACGUGGAUGGACAUGCUGCUCUUUGAGCAGGAUAGUCUGUCCUGAUCUGAAAUCCCUGUGAUUUUAAACCUCAGCGUUUGCAAGCUCCUUCCUUCCUCCUUGACUCACACAUGGAUUUCUGGGCCUCCUAACCAAAGACUUCACACCAUACUUGAAAAGGACUUCUGCCUUCUAGGAGAUGACAUCAGAGUCCCAAGUUUAUCCAGCAGUUUAAUACCGUGCCUCAAGCUGUAGCACUUUGAAAAUCCCUUUACGUGCUUUGCCAUAGACGGACUGUGCUUUUCCCAAAUACUCUGAUAUUUUACACAUCAUGCUUCAUCUGAUAUGUGAAAAUGAUUUUAGUUGGUUUUGAGUCUAACGAGGUCUAGACCUCGUCUUCAAUGGCGCUCUUAUUAAACCUUUAAUUUCAAUGGA